AUGUCCCUCCAGGCCACGUUUGCGUACAGCCAGACCCAGCAACGUCUGCGGUGCCUUUUCCCAUUAUCCGGCCGGGCCAAUCACCUUUUCGUCAACUCGCACCCGGCGCGGGGCCCUGCAUCAACGCCGACGGUGAGCGCUGCCUACGGUCGCUGCCACCGCCGUCAGAUUGGUCGUCGUCGCCCCAUGCAUCGUUGCGGCGGCAGCAGAACCAGUGCCCUGAGAGCUGCUGCGGCUGCGGCAACGACGGGGUUCCAUAUGGGUCUACGUGCCCCGCCCCCUCCAUCCUACUCCCACCACAUCACCGCCCUCUGUUCCUCCCCGUCCUCCCGCAUCCCGUCCCAAAGAACGGCGCAAAUUGCUCGUCACCUCUCGACUUCAUCCGCGUCGUCCGGACAGACCCGUCAACCGCAAUCUUCGUUUGCACCCUCGACCCUGAACGCAAUGGCCUCUCAGUAUAACCUCCGCAAGGUGGGGGCUCCCAACACCCUCGAGCACCGCGUUUACAUCGAGAAGGAUGGCGUCGCCGUCUCCCCCUUCCACGACAUCCCUCUCUACGCCAACCAGGAGCAGACCAUCCUGAACAUGGUUGUCGAGAUUCCCCGAUGGACCAAUGCCAAGCUCGAGAUUUCCAAGGAAGAGGUCCUGAACCCCAUCAAGCAGGAUAUCAAAAAGGGCAAGCUCCGUUAUGUCCGCAACUGCUUCCCCCACAAGGGCUAUCUGUGGAACUACGGCGCCUUCCCCCAGACCUGGGAGGAUCCCAACUCCAUCCAUCCCGAGACCAAGGCCAAGGGUGACAACGACCCGCUUGACGUCUGCGAGAUCGGCGAGCUCGUCGGAUACACUGGUCAGGUGAAGCAGGUCAAGGUGCUCGGAGUCAUGGCUCUCCUCGACGAGGAAGAGACUGACUGGAAAGUCAUCGUCAUCGACGUCAACGACCCCCUUGCCGCCAAGCUCAACGACAUCGAGGAUGUCGAGCGCCAUCUGCCCGGUCUUUUGCGUGCCACCAACGAAUGGUUCCGCAUUUACAAGAUUCCCGACGGCAAGCCCGAGAACCAGUUCGCCUUUACUGGAGAGUGCAAGAACAAGAGCUAUGCCAUGGACGUUGUCCGCGAGUGCGCCGAGGCAUGGGACCGCCUCAUGACUGGAAAAGCCCCCGCAGGCGAGGUUUCCACUGCCAACGUCUCCGUCGCCAACUCGACGAACCGCCUUGCCCCCAACGAGUUGCCCGCGCUCCCUCCCAACCAGGAACUCCCCCCCGCCAAGAUUGAUAGCUCCAUCGACAAGUGGUUCUUCAUCAGCGGUGCUUCCGCCUAA